CUCAACACUCUGCUUAGAGCCAAGUUUAUUCCUCCUACCUGGCUGUUUUAUUCCUCAUUCCUGCUGCUGCUUCGGACAAAACUGCAGUCAUCUGCUCAGAAACUAAAACGCUUCUCUCGCUUCCAUCUCUUUGGCAUACGUACGUGAAUCAACGCAGAGAUGGCUGGUAGAGGAACAGUGAAGCCCCACGGUGGAUUCAAUGCCAAUGAUGAUGCUGGGGUUCUUUACAAGGCCAUGAAAGGAUUUGGCACUGAUGAGGAUGUUAUUCUGAAGCUGUUGACGGCACGAAGUAAUGCUCAGCGCCAGCAGAUCAAAGCUGCGUUCAAAACCCUACAUGGAAAGGACUUGGUGGAUAAUUUGAAGUCAGAGCUUGGUGGGAAGUUUGAGACUCUGAUUGUAGCUCUGAUGACUUCUCCCAUCAUGUAUGAUGUCACAUGCCUGCGGGAUGCCAUUAAGGGAGCGGGCACAGAUGAGAAAGUGUUGACUGAGAUUUUGGCAUCUAGAUCAGCUAAUGAAGUCAAUGAAAUCAAAAGUGUAUACAAGCGAGAGUAUGAUGACGACCUGGAGAAAGAUGUUACUAGUGACACUGAAGGUCAUUUCAAGAGGAUGCUGGUUGUUUUGCUACAAGCCAGCAGAGAGCAGGGUAUACAAGAGGGCCUCAUCCAAAGUGAUGCCCAGGCUUUGUUUGCUGCAGGAGAACAGAAGUAUGGUACUGAUGAAGGCCAGUUCAUCACUAUUCUGGGAAACCGUAGUGCUGCUCACCUUAGGAGAGUGUUUGAGGAGUAUAGAAAACUAUCAGGCUAUGAGAUUGAAGAGAGCAUCCAGAGAGAGACCUUGGGAGGUCUGAGAGAUGUGUUGUUGGCAGUGGUGAAGUGUGCCCGCAGUGUUCCGGCUUAUUUUGCUGAGAGUCUUUACAAUGCUCUGAAGGGGACAGGCACCGAUGACCAGACGUUGAUAAGGAUCAUGGUGUCCCGCAGUGAGGUAGACCUGCUGGAUAUACGUGCUGAAUUCCGCAAGAUGUUUGCUACCUCUCUGCACAAAAGUAUUCAGGGCGAUGCCUCUGGUGACUACUGCAAAACCCUGCUGCUUCUGUGUGGUGGUGAUGAUGCAUAAGCCCAGCUGGCGCCUCUGCUCAUGAUCCUGUGACACCCAUUUCAGAGGGCAGCUUUAUGGGACCAAGGGCACAGUCCCCUUCUGAACCCAAACCAGGACAAAAAAAAGGAAAAAAAACAUUACAUUCAAAGGAUCUCAACUGUGAACACACAUUGAUUAAUUGAACGCACAAGAUUAAUAUAGCAAUUCAGAUAAGCACUAAGUGAAAUAUUUGUGCAUUCAAAUUUCAUGAAAUAUGUAAUAGAUCUGUGUGAAAAGUAAUAUAGUAGAAACAGAAGUUUACAGUUAAGCCACAGUUAAGGUUGGUCCACUAGCUAAUUAAAAAUCUUUUCCCCAUAUUUAAGGGCUCAGAAAAAUAUUUUUCCUUUUCUCUGUUUAUAGAUAUGGCUUUAAACCUUGUAUGACUUGUGGUGGUGCCACAGAAAAAGAAAGUCCUACUCAUGUCGUUUUAAAGAGGAAAAUACAAGCUUUAUACAGUUUGUGAAAAUGAUUAUUAACCCAGCUCUAUUAUAAAGAAGGCCAAUUACUCUGUUGUACUCAAUGAAGCAAUAUUUUGUAUGUAUUCACAAAAAAAAAAAAAGAAAGAAAAUCCACUUAUUGUUUGUGUGCUCACUAACUACCUUAAUUUCAGUGUAUCAUAGUAACAUGUCUCAUAAUUGGCAUUAUUAGCAUGUUUUGUGUUUGUUUUAAUCAGUCUAGAUUUGUUGUAUUUAAAGGAUAGGAUUUGCUGUUCUUUUGGUAUCAGUGACUUAAUAGGAGAAAAAAAAAAAACAUUUGAAAAAUGUUCAGCUUCAAGUUUAAACAUACUGGCAGUGAUGGGCACAAUGAUAUUGAACUACCCACAACAAUUUACGAUUAGCAAAAUACUUUACAAACGGGUCAGCCUCUCUUUUAAGUUGGUUCUGAAUUUAAGGUUACAAAUAAUAAAUAAAAGCUGAAGUAAAAAAAGGUGCUACUACUAAAAGGUCUUAAUAUAUAAUUUCAACAAUGUUCACAAUAAACACUCAAAUAAGAGCAAACAGA